AUGAUUAUAAAAAAGAAAAACAAAAGAAAGAAGAACGUGCCUGAGAAACUGCAGGGCGAGCGGAAAAAAUCGAAAGAACAGCUGAGUGGUCCAUCUUUGUCCAAAGAGUCAGUGAAUCAAGAGGAUCGACAGAAUCUCGAAGGUUCUACAGGAAAAGAGAGUUCCGGAGGUUCGAGGGAAACUCUUAAAGGAAGCAGCACGGAAGAACAAAAUAGACGAUUAAAGGGUCUCGUUACUCCUUUUGCACAGGAAUCAGUUGACAAGAGAUAA